AUGCUCGCUCCCGUCCGGUUUGGUUCGGUAAAUAUCCUGCUUGAGAAUCUUUGCGAGAAACUCACUGACAUUUUUUGUGAGAAUUGCACUGAAAGUCUCUGUGAGAAUCACAUUGAGAAUCUCUUCGAGAAUCUCACUGAGAAUCGUUGUGAAAAUUUCACUGAGAUUUGCUGUGAUAAUCUCACAGAGAAUCUCACUAUGCGGUUCUUAGUGCGAAUCUUAAGAAUUCUUUUGAAAGUCUUUAUAAGAAUGUACAUUGUGAGCGUCUUAAAUUUCAAAGAGAAUCUCUGUAAGAACAUAACUAGAAACCAGUAUGAGAUUCUCUCUAACAAACACUAUGAGAGUAUCACUGAGAACCAUUACGAUCGUAUUAGUGAGAUCCACUAUGAAAAUCUCAGCGAGAAUCGCAUUGAGAGUCUCAGUGAGAAUCACACUGACAAUCUCUGUGAAAAUCUUGUUGAGAUUCUUUAUGAAAAUAUCACUGAGAUUUACUUGAUAAUCUUACAGCGAAUCUGUGAGUUCUCAAGUCAGAAUCUCAAGAAUUCCUUUAAAAGUAUUUUUAAGAAUAUAUCUGAAGAUUAUAAAGAGAAUCUGUCUGAGAAUUUCAAUGUGAUUAUCUGUGAAAAUUUAACUGAGAAUCUCAGUGAAAAUCUCAUUGAGAAUUUCAGUGAAAGUCUCACUGAGAAUCUUAGUGGGAAUCUCACUGAGAAUCUCAGUGAAAAUCUCACUGAGAAUCUCAGUGAAAAUCUCACUGAGAAUCUCAGUGACAAUAUCACUGAGGCUAUCAGCAAAAAUUUCACUGAGAAACUCAGUGAAAAUCUCACUGAUAAUUUCAGUGAAAAUCUUACUAAGAAUCUCAGUGAAAAUCUCACUGGGAAUCACAGUGAAAACCUCACUGAUAACCUGCGUGAGAUGCGCACUAGGAAUUUCACUAAGAAUCAUUGAGAAUCUCAGGGAGAAUCUCUCUGAGAAUGUUUGCAUAAAUGUCACUAAGAGUAUCUGUGAGAAUCUCACUGGUAAACACUAUGAGAAUCUCAUUGGCUGCCUCAAUUAGAAUGAUGAACGUAAUGAGAAUCUUUGUGAUAAGCUCAAAGAAAAUAAUCACGAGAAUUUCUCUGAGAAUCUGUAUGGAAGUCUCUCUGAGGUUCCCUGUGAGUCUCAUUAGGAAUCUCUACUAGAAACUAGGUAAGAAUCUUAGUGAUCGCCCAAGCCUUCCAAAUAAACGAAUAAGUAAAAAUAAAAUUAAAAAAAAAUCUUAGUGAGAAUCGCACCUGAGAAACACUGCGAAAAUGUAAUUGAACAUCAUUUAAAAAAAUAUGAUUGUGUUUUUUUCAACUGGUCGGGUUACCCUUUGUGGCAUUCCUCUGGAAUAGUGAGUUCACGAGUCGUUGCUGUUGUCGUUUUUUUGUUUCGUGCAAACUACCGGUACCAUUAAGGGUGUUGGAUGAGGUUUUCUAUUUUUCGGCUACAUCAAAUCGAGACUAUUAGUCUCGGAUUUAUUUGACCCAAAGCAGGGCAUGAGCUUUUAUGUUGUCUUUUCCAGGCUUGUGUGGUUGGGAAGGAUCUAUUGUUGGCGGUAUGUUACUAUAGUCUUUAGUUUUUUUUUUCUUUCUAUUCUUCAGGUCAUUGGAGUAUAGAAGUAAAAUUGGAUCGAGUCAAUAACCCAGAAAUAUCGAUGACAUGCUAUUUUUUAAUCCUUUGGGUUCUACCGCAGUAACAUUGUUUAGUCAAACAGACUAGAAUAUGUCCUUAAAACCAUUAUAAAUCCAAAAUGAAAGGUAUAAGGUUUUAUUAAGGUUCUCAAAGCCUCUACAAGACUAAUUUGUCAUCAAAAUGUUACUUGUGUAGUCAUAGUUUUUAGUUUUAAUAAGGCAUCCAGCUUGGAACUAUCAAUGAAUGUUUCCGAAGCAAUUCCUGGAGGAAUUCUGGAGAUUUUUAUGGAAAAAAUCCUGGAAGAAAUUUUCGGAAGAAUUCCUGACUUGCUUCGGAAAUUCCUCCAGAACUCCUCUAGAAAUUCCUCCGGAUAGUUCUCUAGGAAUUCCUUCGGAAAUUCCUCCAGGAAUUCAUUCGUAAAUUCCUCCAGGAAUUCCUUCGUAAAUUCCUCCAGGAAUUUCUUCGUAAAUUCCUCCAGGAAUUCCUUCGUAAAUUCCUCCAGGAAUUCCUUCGGAAAUUCCUCCAGGAAUGCCUUCGGAAAUUCCUCCAGGAAUUCCUUCGAAAAUUCCUCCAGGAAAUCCUUCCGAAAUUCCUCCAGGAAUUCUUUCGGAAAUUCCUCCAGGAAUUCCUUCGGAAAUUCCUCCAGGAAUUCCUUCGGAAAUUCCUCCAGGAAUUCCUUCGGAAAUUCCUCCGGGAAUUCCUUCGGAAAUUCCUCCGGGAAUUCCUUCGGAAAUUCCUCCG